AUGGAAUUAAGAACAAAUGUGAUGAUUUUUCUAGCUCUACUAGGUUUGCUUGGGUUGACAUAUGGCCAGAGUUGCUUAUCUGAGGAUGAUUGUGAUGGUCACAGGUUAUGUUGUGGAUGCUCAAAGAUGUUCCUAGUAGAGGGCCAGCCAUUCUAUCCAGCCCUUGCAUUACGGAAAUCUCCUGAUUGCAUGGAUGAGUCUUGUUUAAGUCAGCAGUGUAAAGAUAUCACUAUGAAAAUCCACAAAAGUAAGCUCAGGGCAAAACCACCAAAAAAUGAGGUAGAUAAACCUGAGACACCAAAAAAGCCUGAGACACCAAAAAAGCCUGAGACACCAAAAAAGCCUGAGACACCAACAGAGCCUGAGAAUGAGAUAUCCACAUGCCCCCCUCCUCCAAAACCAAAGAAGAAAACUGGGAUAGAGAUGGAAAUAGACUCAGACAACUACCCAGAGGAAUCAGUGAUAACAUUCACAUGUAAUAAAAAGUUUAAGCUAGAAGGAGAUGGUACCAUGAUGUGUCAACAGGGAGAGUGGAAAGUCGAUGGCGAAUGUGUUAAAAAAUCUGGUGGUAAAGGGAAAAAUAAACCAAAAAAGAAUAAGAAAAAGGAUCAAGGUUGAGAGUUAAAUGUAGAACAAAUAUGAUAUGUUCAUACAAUUAAAUCAUAAUAAUUUGAACUGUUUGAAAAAUUUGAUUAUGUGCCUUUCUUACCUCUAAAAUGACACACUAGUUUUCCAUCAUCUAUAUUCCACAAUGACAUUGCUUGGUCGAACGAUGAUGUCACAAACAGAUUGUUGUUAAAAGCUUUGAUCUGGAAAAAUAUGACGUGAAAUCAAACAUAACUUAUGCAUGAUAAAACAUUUAACAGAUCUAUAUUGAUCAACAAUUAAUAUACCUAAUCUCCAAUAAUAACAACAUUUAACAUCAAGCUGCCUUUAUCUGGUUAUAAGCCAC